AUGGCAGCUAUAGACGAGCGUGAUAAUGGUUAUCCCGUGAAGCGGCGGAAGACUGGUGAGCAGGUUGAGACCCUGAAACAAGAGACUCCUCCGGUAGCCAGCAAUGCUUUCGAAAAUGCGAGGCUUGACUUGGACCUCAAUACCUUUGGCACAGAUACGGACGGCCCCACGGAGCUGGAAAGCGCUCUCCCACAUCUAGAUCAGGGAAAGGAUGCCAUUGUAGAUUACGAGGCCAUUCAACCGUUUGAGAAAGAUAUAGAUGGAUCUGAAGACCUUGAAGAUAAUUUAAGCACUCGGAAAUUACCAAUUGGCCGCCGCUCAAUUUACGUCAAUGCCUUCAAUCUGGCUUUGGAGACUGUCCUUGAUGAAGAAAGCCAUUUAUUUGACAAGAAGGAAGGGAAGGUAUUUGACGAGUGGCACGGAUUGAGCUAUGAGGCCCAGUAUCUUUAUGUCCGAUUAUUUCUCAGAAAGACGUCGGCUUGGCACCGUGCUUAUCGACUGGGAUAUCAUUCCGAUAUAUCAUAUAUCGACGCUGCUAUUGAGAGUCUACAAUCUUCUCGUCCUCUGCCGCAAGUCCCAGGGGAAAUGCCGGUCACGAGCGUUAAGAUAGAAGACUCGGGUUUUCACCUGGAAAGCAACUCGUUUGCUUUUGCCGACGCAUUGACUGAGGAUACCACUCUGGAGGAGGUAUCGUCGUUGCUGUCGUUGGAUGAAUUGAAGAGCAUCGGCAAGGAAGCAAAGGUUCGAGGAAAGAACAAAACGGAGCUUCUGAGCGCUCUUCGACGAAUGAGUCGGGCUCAAAGUGGCCUUGGUUCGGUUGGCCUGAGAAUAUUGAAAUCAAAAUCUGAUCCGGAAAUAGUAUCUUCUGGCCCCAAAAUAUCAGACGUCCCUCAUAUUUCGACCGCGGUCAGUGGUGAGACUCAUCUGGACGAGAGUGGUACUCAUUCGAACGUCAAUGUGAAAUUGUCAGAUCAGACAUUCAGCGAAAGUAAUAGGGAUAAGCACUUCGUCCGCAAGAUUCUUGGAAAUAUCGGGUCCUGUAUUCGCCUUUCGUCCAGCACACUGGGACUUUUUGAAAGAGUGCACAUGGUCUAUUAUAGAUCAACUAGAUGGACGGAGAAAUCACUCACUACGAUUAUUCUAGCACGAAUUCAAAGGAGGAAUUUUCCAAAUUAUUUAAUUUGUAGAUCGGCCAAUAUAUUCCCAUCAAGGGCCCUGCUACUUGAAUUUGAAGCAAGUAUCCGCCUCCAGCACCAGGUUGACAGCAUACUCGAAAAUGGUAUCCAGGAUAAGCAGGUACAGGGAGAAAUGCUAUCCAUUUUCGAGGAGGUCUACCCAAAAUGGCAAGCUUUGGUGGCAGAUGAGCAGCAUAAGGAGGAACGGGUGUACGAAAGUGGAGAGGGGGCAUAUCUACGGCUCUUCUCUCCUUGCUCGGUGUAUACACGCAUUAUAUCCAAGGCCACUUUGGUAUUUGGACGACUGAAGAUGUACGAACGGGAGCACAGUGUGUUGACGAAACUCCUCGAACAACGACUAUUUAUUUACCGUCGUGGUGGUAUAUACCAGAGAAAAGCUCUUAUCGAGGAGCAUUACUUGGCAGAGGCCGGAGCUGGCUCAACGGGAACCGCGGGCAUGAGCCAGGACCAAUUGAAAAGAUACUGGAAGCGGUCAUCACUGAAGACAGCCGAGGAAGGAUUACAAGAUCGUGAUUGUCACGUAAUAUACCAUUACGAUCUGGAGAAGCGCAUCAUCAAGCUUGAGAAGGCUAUAAAAAUCCCAAAGAGGGAACAGCACGACUUUGGACACACAAGGCUUAUCACUCCCAUAGAGAGGAACGUCGAGGGUAUACAGGUUCGAGUCAUACCUGCUGAUGUCGGGCGCGCGGGGGCUGAGGAACGGCGAAGUUUUAAAACGAUAUGGGUAGAUGAGAAGGAUGGUGGUGGCGAAUGCAGCGUUGAAGCUAUGUGCCUUUCAUGGUAUCGAAGUCAGGGGUGGAAAGGCUAUCAUGCUGAAGGUGGCAUUCUUCAAACUCUCUUCGCAUACCUCUUCUAUGAUAUUCUUUUCGCCUACAUCCCGAAUGUCUUCCAGACGGAAUUUCAGACAUGCCCGCUUGAUCUAUACACAGAGGCGUUUUUUCCCUCACGCGCAUCCGAGAUACACCACCGACUUGCUGAGCUAUCGAAUGGCGGUGCAGGGCGAUUAAUCCGAGAAGUGAACGAGCGAGAAAGAGAGAGGCGUACCUGUGUAGUCGGCUUGAACUGGGACUUCGCGGUGGAUGAUCUAUUAGAGAUUGCAGCUUGUUUUGACGGCUCAGCUCUGGCUAGCAUCUGUAUGGUUAUGGCACAGGACUAUCGGCAGCGAGGCGGCGGCGUUCCUGAUUUGUUCCUCUGGAAUCCAGAGACAAGCCAGGUGAUGUUGUCUGAGGUCAAGUCAGAGAACGACAGGCUCUCUGACACGCAGCGCUUGUGGAUUCACGUCCUCAUGGGCUCAGGGGUGAAGGUCGAGCUGUGCAACGCCGUGGCAGGAGAGGUGAGGACAAGAGAGGAAUGA